AUGCCUUCCACACUCCCGCCCUGGUCCAUCUCAGAGGACGACCCUCUUGCCGAAUCUGGCGAGGACACCGUGGCCACGCCACUGACCGUGCGCCCACCCCUGUCCCCGCCAUUGCCAGAAUGGUCUGCAGAGGAAGCACUCGCCGUCCGCACGCUCUCUCCCACCGCUCUUCAGACCUGGGCAUCACUUGAAAUGGAUCACCACCAGAGGUACAUCCAGAAAUUGCGCGCCGUUUACAACAACGCCGCGCUCAUUCACCGACGCCUCCCGCCGGAGGUUCUCAUGGAGAUCUUUGCCCGGAUACGCCCUCAAUCUCGCCACGCUAUCCACGUCCUGCACGUGUGCAGGACCUGGCGCAGCCUCGUGCUCCGCACCGCUGAGUUCUGGGUCGGGAUGCUCGCUCUUCCUUCCGGCCUCUGUGACCCCACUGGCCCCCAAGCAUCUCGCACCAAUGCUCGCUUCCUCGCUGGCUUUCUGGACCUUUCUUCCUCCAGGCCCAUCACGUUCGACAUCCAGGACUUCUCCUUCUACAUGGCCGAUAUACUCGCCCCCCACUGCCACCGUCUCAGGCGCCUCCACCUCAAAGUGUCGUCGGAGCAUGCAGAGCGCUUCUUCCACAUGCUCAGCUUCGGCAUGCCCCAGCUCCGCCACCUCACCAUCCACCACAACUCCGCACCCCAUCGCUCACGCCCCGAACUUGCGCGCCUACUGCAACUCAUCGACCUCCAGAUACCAUUUGCCUUCACGUCCAUCUUCCUCCCACUAUCCAGUCUCUGCACGCUCAAACUUGGUGGAUGCAAAUGCGACGGGUGCAACGGCUUCGAACCGGGCCUCAUGCUCGACGGCGUGCUCUCUUUCCUCCGCCAAUGCCCCCGCCUCCACGUCCUCCACUUCCUCGGAAAGAGCAUCCGCCGGAGACAGCCCCCAUCCCCGGUCUCCACCGAGCUCGUCGAGCUCGCGGACCUCAAAAACCUCCUCUUCGACCACACGAUCGUCGAGUGGGUGUCCGACGUGCUCGCCAAGCUCGUCCUCCCCCUCAGCACCGUCAUCCGGCUCGAGGUCAGCCCGGAGGGCGACGGCGGGAUGUACCUCCCCGCCGCGCUCCGCACGCUCCCCGCGCGCGCGACGUACGACCACGUCGACUUCGACUUCCACAUGGACGACGCGCACUUCGUCUCCAAGGUCCGCUGCAAAUCCGCGCGCCAGCUCCGGCUGAGCGUGAUCCCGCGCGACGCCCGCGCGGAGCCCGCGGUGCGCGCCGCGCGCGCCGCCGCCGUCUUCGCCGCCUUCGCGAGCCCCGCCGUCGCCGCGCUCGAGCUCUACGUCUCCAACUCCCGCAUCCACGCCGCGCACGCGAUGGGCCCCGCCACGCUCCGCGCGAUGCUCCUCGGCUUCCCCGCCGUCGCCCGCCUCUGCGUCUGGCGCGCCGGCGUCCGCGACCUCCCCGCCGUCCUCCUCCUCCCGGACCCGGCGGCGCGCGAGCGCGACGGCGACGCCGCCGCCGCCGCCGCCGUGCCGGAGGUCGUCCCGCGCCUCCGCCACCUCGUCGUCCGCUGGCGCCCGCCGCGGCGGUCGCGCGAGGACGAGGUCGUCGCGGUCGUGCAGGAGCUCCGGAACGCGCUCGCGUGGCGCCGGUCGGUCGGCUGCGGGCUCGAGUCGCUCGAGCUCGAGCUCCGGCGGCUGAAGAAGAUGGAGCGGGUGCCGGACCUGGAGGAGUUCCGGCUCGAGCUCGAGCAGGUGUGGCUCCAGGGCGCGGCGACGCACGUCACGGUGAGCACGUACCUCGAGGACUGGCCGAGCACGGCGCGCACGGGCGAGGGGGCGCGAGGGACCCUCGCUGCGCGAGAAUUCCAAGCUGGUCUCCGUGUCAACUUGUGUUUGACCCUCGAGUUCAGCAUGCGACCUGGGCGAGGACGCCAGGGCGUCGGGCCGAUCGAGUGCCCAACGAAGGGUUCCGACCCUCUCCCGCCGCGCGCGAUCCCGAACCCGAAGCACCCGGCCCGAAGGCCCUCGCUCCCGCCGCGCGGGCGCGGACUCAAUGAGCCCAAGGCUCCUCUCCUCGGUGCUCGGCUGCGCAGGAACGAACUCGCGACGCAGACCGCGGUGCCUGCCUCGCCCAAGUCACCACUCUUCCGGGCGCCGGCCCCCGGGCCCCAUCGUCGAUCGACGCGCGCGUUCGACGUUCCCAAGCUCCACUGGAACGCCCCGGCCCUGAGGCCUGAGGCCUGA